UAUAAACAUACAUCCUCUGUGGAUUGAUAACCAACCCUUACCUUUAAAUGUUAUUUCAACAUGGGGAAUGCAUAAGAAAACUCAAAAGGAAUUACCACAGGACCUUAAAACUUAUUUAGAUUCUUCAACAAGGGGAGUGAUAUACAUGAGUUUUGGAUCAAGCGCUUUAUCAUCAAAUCUGCCUCCUGAGAAGGUUGAAAUUUUUACGCGAGUUUUUGCACAACUACAAUGUGAUAUAUUGUGGAAAUGGGAGACAGAUGAGUUACCUGGGAAACCUCCUAACAUUAAGAUUUCGAAAUGGUUUCCACAGUCCGACCUGUUACAACAUCCAAAUAUUAAGCUUUUUAUUACACAAGGGGGUCUUCAAUCCCUAGAAGAAGCUAUACAUGCUGGUGUACCCUUGAUUGGUAUACCCGUAUAUGCUGACCAGUGGUACAACGUGGAGAAAAUUGUUUAUCGCAAAAUUGGCAUACAACUAGAGUUCCCUGAGCUACAAGAAGAACAUCUUAAAAGAGCAAUUGAAACUCUUUUAAAUGAUACCAGUUAUCGUCAAAAUGUCCUCAAAUUACGAAGAAUCAUGAGUGACCAGCUGCAAAAUAGCUUGGAUCGAGCCGUCUGGUGGAUAGAACACGUGGGACGCGAAGAUGGUGCCAAAUAUUUACGAGCUCCCGCAGCCAACAUGUCCUGGAUAGAGUAUUAUGACGUUCAUCUUAUAUUAAUACUAAUAGCAUGCAUAGCUGUAUUAAUACUUUUGUUCAGACUAUUGUUAAAUAUGUUUUGGAACCUCCUUACACAAUUCUUUUGGCGUUAUACUAUAAUGGAUUGA